AUGGCCCUGGCGGUUUUGAAUCACACCAGGCACAAUUCACAUGACUUUUACGUCACCAAGGGCCUUCAUGUGUUUGACAAGAGCAUUGGGAAUCUGGAUUGCACCAUAUCGAUAUGGUUCAUGCAAGCACUUUUUGGGGAAUUUGCUUUUCGGGUACCUCCGUAUUCGCGAUAUGUUUUCACGAUGCGUUUGGGCAAGGCUAAAGAAGCACAAAAUGGGGUUCAAUUCAAGACACCCUGGUACUUGCAUAUGGAGGCUCGUAACGGGGAGUCAGACAAGGUGAAACUGAAGGGAGGCCAAAACCUCCAAGCGAACAGUUUGGCUGGGGAUGCGAGGAGAUGUUUGCUUGAUUUGCGCUCUGCCAAAGCCAAAAAAAUCACGAUUCGCGACUUAGACAAACGCCUAAGGAGAAGGACGGAGUUCAAAUGCAUUGAGUGUUUCGUACAGGUUAUUCUAACUCGCUAUUUCAGUUUAUGA